GACUACUAGUACGCGUAGAAUCCGCCUGGCAGAACGACAGUACUGCAAGUCUUUACAAAGGUCUCACUUGGCCGGGCGACCAGAUCAACAGCGUAAAAGCCUCCUACCACCAAUCCCUGGUGAGAAAAAUCAAGCAGGCUUAUCUUUAUCACCACCCUCCAAGAACAUAUGUCGGGCCAGCGAGGUGGCAGCAGGACCAGGACCAGGACCAGGACCGGCUUCCCGAGCAAAGUGGGAAGAUGAAGCCAACCUGAACGAGCUUCAAGCCCGAAAGGUGGGUGGAGGAAAAGGGAAUACCCCAAACCGAAACAAUCGGAUAAAGGACACGACCAAAACACGCCAUCAUGUCAUCGUCUCAACCGUUUAACAUGUCCUCGCCCGUCGAUGGCCUUGUUGGUGGAGGUGGAGGUUAUGGAGGAGGGAUGAAGAAGAGAUCCUGCUUCACCUACAAACAUCUCCAGCUCCUGAGCCAGUCCUCAACCAGCUGCCCACUACGAGUCAUAGCACUGAUCGACUACGACGCCUUCUACGCACAAUGCGAGAUGGUACGCCUGGGCGUGUCCGAAACACAACCUUUAGCGGUACAGCAAUGGCAAGGGCUGAUCGCCAUCAACUACCCGGCGCGGGCAUUCGGGCUCAACCGCCACGUGACAGUGACCGAAGCGAAGACCAAAUGUCCCGAGCUGGUGGUGCAGCACGUCGCGACGUGGCGCGAAGGCGACGACAAAUGGGCCUACCGCGACGACGCCGCCCGGCACAUCCACACCGACAAGGUCUCGCUGGACCCUUACCGGCUGGAAUCCCGCCGGACCCUGGCUCUGCUCAAGGAAAUCCUCCCACCCCCUCCUGUCCAGAAGGUUGAGAAGGCCAGCAUCGACGAGGUCUUUCUCGAUUUGUCCGCCCAGAUCCAUCAGAUCUUGCUUGAGCGCUACCCGGAAUUGCGGUAUGCUCCCUACGACGACCCGACGGAACCCUUACCCUUGCCGCCGUCGACCGCCUUGAACUGGCAUGCCGAUGCGCUGGUGGACUUGGAUCUGGCCGAAACCGAGGACGACGACCCGGACUGGGAUGACGUGGCCAUGAACAUUGGCGCAGAGGUCGUGCGUGGUGUCCGACAGACCAUCUACGACAGACUCAAGUAUACCUGCUCCGCUGGCAUUGCGCGGAACAAGAUGAUGGCCAAGUUGGGCGCCGGAUACAAGAAACCCAACCAGCAGACCAUCGUGCGCAAUCGCGCCGUGCAGCAUUUCUUGUCCGGGUUCAAAUUCACAAAGAUCCGCAACCUUGGUGGGAAACUGGGCGACCAUGUCGUGGACACGUUUGGGACCGACGAAGUCACCGAGUUGCUCGCCAUCCCGAUCGAACAGCUCAAGGCCAGAUUGGGCGACGACACGGGCACCUGGCUCUACGGCAUCAUUCGCGGCGAGGACAACAGUGAGGUCAAUUCACGCACACAGAUCAAGUCCAUGUUAUCGGCCAAAUCAUUCAGGCCGAGCAUCAACACCGUGGAACAGGCCAACAGGUGGUUACGCAUUUUUGUGGCCGAUAUCUAUGCCCGGCUAGUCGAGGAGGGCGUGACGGAGAACAAAAGAAGGCCCAAAACCAUCACCCUCCACCAUCGGCAGGGUGCACAAACCAGAUCCAAACAACUUCCCAUCCCACAGGGCAAGAAGAUCGACGAGAAUACCCUGUUUGAGCUCGCAAAGACUUUGCUCGGACAGGUUGUCGUUGACGGCCGAGCGUGGCCGUGUGCGAAUCUGUCAUUGAGCGUGGGAGGUUUCGAAGAUGGCGUGGCGGGAAAUAAAGGCAUCGACACCUUCCUGCUCAAAGGUGAUGAAGCCAGAGCGGCCUUGGAGCCACCGUCUCGGAGCAAUACCGCUACACCAAAUCCCGAAGAGUCUCGACCCGAGAAACGCCGCAGAUUGAACGAAGCUCCUCCCAGCAUUGCUCGGUUCUUUUCCCGAGGCGACAGUAAUGGAGACCCUGAGGACGGGCUCAUGGAAGAGGCUGCAGACGACAUGGGUGACUCUGAGGCACGCGUCGAACACAACGAAGAUGACGAUAGCCGUCGGUCUUCUGUGCACCUUCACGAGCACGACAUCAGAACGUACUUCUGCAAGGCCUGUCAAAAAUCCAUCGAUGAGGCCGACAGAAUCGAGCACGAAGACUGGCACUUCGCCAAAGAACUUCAGGCUCAAGAAACUCCGGCCGUCAAAGGUCCGUCGAACAGUCGUCCACCCGGUCAACCAAAUGCAAAACCAAAGCGCGGAGGAAUCGGCACUCGGGGCCGGGGUUCGAAGCCCGAGAAAGGGCAGAGCCGCCUUGCUUUUGGGUAGUGUUCAUGGCGGCGUUUAUUGGAUACGCUCGUCCUUUUUUCCUCCUUCAUCAAGGAACAGUGAGAUAUGCCUGCCUCUAUUUGCAUUUUUUUAGAUACCCUGGCCAGCAUACUCUUUGUUGAAAAUUCUACCAAUCACCAUUCUUCUGAUCUCG